AUGGCCGCUAACAAGCACUCGGUGCGCAAACAGGAGGAGAUCGUCGCCAUGAAGCGCCGAGUCGCCGAGAUGGAGCAGGAGGCCGCCAAGCUGCGCGAGAUGCAGGCCAGCCUCGAGGAGAAGGGCAACGACCUCGCCGCCGACGACAAGAACGACGUCGACAGCCGCAGCAUCUUUGUCGGCAACGUCGACUACUCGGUCUCGCCCGAGGAGAUACAGGCCCACUUCCAGCAGUGCGGCUCCAUCAACCGCGUCACCAUCCUGCUUGACAAGUUCACCGGACAGCCAAAGGGCUAUGCCUACGUCGAGUUCACAGAACCCAGCCUGGUCGCACAGGCCCUCGUGCUGAACGACACGGUCCUCAAGGGCCGCAACAUCAAGGUCACCCCCAAGCGAACCAACAUCCCGGGCAUGUCUAGAGGGCGAGGAGGACGUGGUCGCGGGGGCUUUGGAAGAGGGUCCUAUGGUGGAAGAGGCGGCUUUGCGCCCCGGGGCGGCUAUCGCGGUGGCUACCGCGGCCGUGGACGGGGCUUCAACCCCUACUAG